ACACACACGCACACCCACACCCUAUAAAGCCAAGGCAUAAGGAAACACUCAGCCAUAAUAACAUGUGGAACUGUUGAGGGAUGAACGCUAGUGCAACACACUAUAUACUUUUCCACUUAUUCACCCACUCAGGCUAGUGCUUGACACACUGGUUCUUUAAAGAGCAAUCUGCAGAAGGAAUAUGAACUCAUAAUGAUUAAAUCAUCAUGAAGCGGCUGAGUCUAUCAUCACAGGAUUGGUGUAAGACAACGCUGGAUUUCCGCAGAGUGUUGCUGUUCACUAAGUGAAGGACAACAGUUUGUUUUGUGUUGGUGAAUAGAAUUGAGGAGCAACAAGUCGUGUAAAGGUCUGUCCCUGUUUCCGUGUGAGGAAGAGGAAGACCACAGCCCCUCUUGCUGGAAGGCUGCGAAUGUAAGACAGAGCAGGUGACGAUGUCCUUCGCCAUGAUUCACCCGUCUCCUGCCCGUUUCCUUUACUCUGAGAUUAGCACUCUCUCAGAGGAUGAUGAGAACGGCAGCGAAAGCUCAGGAUCUGAAGACAAAUCCUUUCAUCUUUCCACUCCUGGGUACAACGCUAUCAAAGCAGACUCUCGCAAACGGAAGUACGGCUGCAGGCCAUCAGUCGAAGUCACAGAUCUUCACUUGCCAAUCCCAGAGACCCGCCAGCGUAAUGCUGCCAAUGCUCGAGAACGGGACCGCACAAACAGCGUGAACAUGGCUUUUACAGCUCUGAGGACACUCAUACCCACUGAACCGGCUGACAGGAAGCUGUCCAAGAUCGAGACGUUACGGCUGGCCUCCAGCUACAUCUCUCACCUAGAAAAUGUACUAUUGGUGGGAGAAGCAUGUGGAGAUGGGCAACCCUGCCAUAAAAGCACAGGGGCUCUACACAACCAUCUCCAUAAGACUAUAGAUGUGAGUCCAGACUCAGAGAACUCCCAGCCCAGACAGAUCUGCACUUUCUGCCUCAGUAACCAGAGAAGACUGUUGUACGAUCCUUGUCUGGACUUUGAGUUCCUGCCAACUAAUCCUGUCAUCAUCCAGCAGUCAGAAAACAACACUUCUCCAUCUUUACUGGCUUGUGGACUAUUGAACUAA